CAUCCAACCCAUUCACCGGAGUAUCCAUGGCAGCCAACGAGUCCCCGCCCUUCCUCGGUCCGCUCGACCUUCCAAACAUGUAACAGGCCUCCACUCCAUGUAUGGGGGAAGAGGGGACAGCUGCCGGUGUCGUGUGCUCGCUGUUACAUAAACGUGAAGCCCUAGGUAACAUUGCGAGGGCAUCAGAAUCGGCCGACACCAUCACAAGCUGGCCGAGUCGACAGCUAGGUAGACGGGUUGGCGGGUAAUGACCCAUGGGGUAAUGCGUAUGACCACCCUAUCCCCGGCCACAUGGCCGGCUUGCCCCUGGCAUGCUGGCUCUUAGUCCGCGCGUGUGUGGAAAUGUCGCAACCCUUUCUUUCUUUAAUGCCGAGGGAGCUUGGGGGAUGUCCAGCCUCAAGGACGACGCGUUCAUGGCCACGGGCAUAUAAAGAUGGCAUUGACAACUCCCGUUCGAGACCUUGUCGUAGAUGGAUGCAGAUCGUUCGCGCAAUAGGCAAUUUGCGAAUCGCAGCCAUCCGCCGACGCGAUACCUACCGAAUAAUCUGGGAUCGCUGUGAUUGGCUCUGUUGGGGUGGCUGGAGCUUUAUCCCCGCACGCCUCCGACCUCUGUGGGUUACAUCCAGUGCCCCUGAAUUCCGUGACGUCGUGUCGGUGACGUCGGUGCUGCCGCCGCUUCUGCUUCCAAUUGCGAGCUGCAUCAGUCCUCCCUCCAUCCCUACUGGCAGCGCUGCCGUCGCCUGUCUGUGGCUUCUCGCCACAUCUUCGAACCUUUCUCUUAGCCGCAGGCUGCCGGUUCGGGAGGCAACCUUGCAGGUGUCACCCACGGCGGGCUGUGCCCAGUCGAGACGCACUUCCAUGUCUCAGUCUUGUUGAAAUGGCGCAACCUUCGUACAACACGUUCGCCUCGGCCGGCCGCAACGACGUCAAGUCCAAAGCCGAAGCCGAGUCCCUUUCCCUUCCUCUGCCCCUCGCUCCUGCUAAAGGGUCGAAGAGACGAGUUGGUCAGCCGUCCCGCGCCGACUACCUCCUUCUCAAGGCCGCUGCCGUCAUAUCGGCGGUCGGGGUUAUUUUCUGGACGCUACUUCAUGCCGCCCCCUUCGGACAGCGAGUAGUCUCCUUGCCGGAGGA